GUUUGGUUGUACGAAGCAGAAGUUUCUUGAGAUGUUGCAGUCCUUCAGGUGUGGAAUUUCUGGAGGGGAUUUCCGACAAAGAGCCUUGACAAAGCUACCAGUUACCAGCUCACUACUUGGAUGUCCUGUACCUCAGAGUUUACACAUAAAAGUUGGAGACAAAGCCGAACUUACCAAAGCUUUUACGCAGAAUGAUGUUGUUACUUUUUCUGAUUUAACAGGUGACACAAAUCCUUUGCAUUUAAAUGAAGAUUUUGCAAAGAAAUCUAGAUUUGGAAGAACUAUUGUACAUGGAGUUUUGAUCAAUGGACUUAUUUCUGCAGUUCUGGGUACUAAAAUGCCUGGUCAAGGUUGUGUGUUUCUUUCUCAGGAGAUCCGAUUUCCAGCUCCUUUGUAUGUCGGCGAAGAAGCCGUAGCUUCAGCAGAAGUUAAACGCCUGAUGGGUUCUAUUGCACACAUUGCAGUAUCGUGUAAAGUCAGAGAAAGUGGGAAGACUGUUAUGGAAGGGUCGGUGAAAGUCAUGGUGUCAGACAGCGAGAGCUGUUGAUCCUGCACUGCUUUACUAUAAAGGCCAGAAACAUACCCUUGGUUUUGACUCCGUCUUUUUACACAACUCACUUAAUCCAGUAAAUUUGCGACAAAAAAACCUUCAAAAUGUG